CUGCCAAUUGCACCUUGAGCUGUAGCAGUGAUGAAGCGGCUGAUCACUGCCCAGCGGUGACACGGCCUGAGGGGAGGGCAGCCCGCUCACACUCACUCAGCUCCUUUGUGUGAAGCCACGGAUGGAAACAGAGAGAGACGCGUGUCAGCUGUUAACCCGGUAAUGUCAGGCAGGUAAAAAACUGCGUGACUGAAGCCGCUGAGAUGAGCGACAGUACCGAAAUGAGAGGGCCCGUAACCCGCCGGAGGAGGACGACUAUCUCCGGCAGCGGCAACGGAGCGGUCGGUGUCAAACAAGCCAACGGGAGCAAGUGGCACGAUGCUGGGGAGAAGCCACCACAGUAUCCCGCUAAAGCCAAAACAGACGAGCUGUCCAGGCAUGCGAGUAACAACGGGAAGGUGAACAGACACACGGGGGUGUCAGGGCAGCAGCAGCUCGCCAACACGCCGAGGAAACAGAAGAGUGCAGCGGAGGAUAUCAACGAGAGACUCAGCUGUCACGUCCUCCAGGAGUCUCUCUUGAGCUCAGCCAGUGGCUACAGCAACUACAGAGGAAUCCUCAACUGGUGUGUUAUCAUGCUGGUGCUGAGCAACGCACGCCUCUUCUUGGAGAACAUUAUCAAGUAUGGUAUCUUGGUGGACCCCAUUCAAGUAGUAUCCCUCUUCUUGAAGGACCCCUAUAGCUGGCCAUCAGCUUGCCUCAUCAUCGUGUCUAAUGUGUUCAUCUUAGCAGCCCUGUACACUGAGAGGCGUCUGGCUGUGGGUACCAUUUCCGAAAUGACCGGACUGAUUCUUCACAUUUUCAACCUGACAUCCCUGCUGAUCUUUCCUUCAGCCACUGUGCUCACUUUGACCUCCAUGACCCCAGUGGGUGGUGUGCUCUCCCUUGGAGUCUACACCGUGCUGUUUCUCAAGCUGUACUCCUACCAAGACACCAACAGGUGGUGUAGAGAAAUCCGACAAGCGAAAGCCAAGAGAUUAACACGAUCGUACUCAUGUCCAUCUGUGGCCCAGUCCAACGGUUCGGCAGUUCACGCUCAUGUCUCCUACCCAGGCAACCUCACACACAGAGACAUGUACUACUUUAUCUUUGCCCCGACUCUCUGCUACCAGCUCAACUUCCCACGAUCACCUCGAAUACGCAAAAGGUUCCUGAUGAGAAGACUUUUUGAAAUGCUUUUCUUCAUGCAGCUGUUGGUGGGAUUGAUACAGCAGUGGAUGGUUCCCACCAUACAGAACUCCAUGAAACCAUUCCAGGAAAUGGACUUUUCUAGGAUGGUGGAGCGCCUCCUAAAGUUAGCUGUUCCUAACCAUCUGAUAUGGUUAAUAUUCUUCUAUUGGUUUUUCCACUCCUCUAUGAACUUUGUGGCAGAGCUGCUGCAGUUCGGAGACAGAGAGUUUUACAAAGACUGGUGGAACUCUGAGACUGUCACAUAUUUCUGGGCCAACUGGAAUAUCCCAGUUCACAAGUGGUGCUUGAGACACUUCUAUAAGCCAAUGUUGAAGAAGGGGAUCAACAGGUUUCUAGCUCAAACCGCCGUUUUCCUGGUGUCUGCCUUCUUCCACGAGUACCUGGUGAGUGUUCCUCUGAAGAUGUUCAGACUGUGGGCCUUUAUGGGAAUGAUGGCUCAGGUUCCUCUGGCUUGGUUCGUGGGCCGUUUCCUCAAUGGAAACUACGGCAACGCCGCCGUGUGGAUGUCGCUCAUCAUCGGGCAGCCCAUCGCUGUGUUGAUGUAUGUCCAUGACUACUAUGUCAUUCAUCAUGGGGGCACUACAUAGUACUGGACAAACACACACACACAAUAGUUUUUGACUUCUUGAUUUUUGCACUAAAGAGAAAUGAACCACAGUCUGUCAGGAACUUCAUGAGAAGUGUUGGGUAUAAAGAGGUGUUCCACUUUAGUAGGACAAACAUACCUUUGUGUUCUUCAGGGUCCACAGUCAAUACACACUUGGAUCUCUGUUAUUGGAACUCGUCCCUCCAUGUUAGAUUGAGCUUGAGCAUCUCAAUUUUGCUAAAAAACUUAACGUGUGGAGCUGAGGUUUCCUAGAGAACAGUUAGGUGCACUAAAGUGAACACUUUCUACAACUCAGCACUUUAAAAAAAAAUAAUUAAAAAGUGGAGACUAUAUUUGUAACCAGGUACUCCUCGUGUUUUGUAAAGUGCGCACACCUCUCCGUGCAACAAAUGUGAACCACUGCCGAGCGAGCACAAGCCAGGACGGGAUCCUGCCUCCAUAGAGCUAAUAUGAAAAUGUUGUUUCUAUAUCAGUGGUUGAGAAGUCACUUUUUACUCGUAUCCGAAGGCAACAGAGAAACUAUGAAGCCAAAUAAACAGCUUGUUUCCACAAACUGAGGCUAAAAAAAUUGCCAAAUUAGGAUGUCUCCAGGUGUUCACCUUAACCACAGCAACACUUUUUUGUACAUGUUUUCUGUAUAUAAAGAUUAUAUCCUUCUCUUUUUGAUGCUAUGGAGUAUUACAGAUAUUUCUAAUAAAAGAAAUGGUCAACAGUAAGAAAUGUAACAACAAAGAGAAGAUGCUAUGAAGCUAUGAAGAAAUCACAUGAAGGACAAACAGUCAAUUUGUCUUUUGAGUUUUCCUGACCUUAUUUGUACAGUCUGCAGUCAGCCUCUCUUCUACUGCUACUCAACUACUAACAACAUCAAUGCAAGCUCUUAGUGUAACAGUACAUGCUAAAGGUGUGUUGCUGGCCUUGGCUUUAUUGUCUUUUUUUUGUGUUGCAUUAUUUUAUAUUUUGUAUAAUUAUGUGUUGGUUUGUCUCAACUUAUGUUGUGCCAUCUUGAAGUUAUAAUUUAUGCAUUUUAUUUGAAAUGUAUGAUUUAAUGCAGUAACUGAUUUGCCAAUUUGAACCAAUGACUGUAUUUUGCACUUUAAAAAGAAGCAUGCUGUUGACUUAAGCAAUAGAUUUCUAUGAAUGUAUUCUUUAAGUUAUAUCAAUCAUGUAAGGAAAACAUGUUAUGUUCAGAUCAUUUUUAUGUUUUGUGAUUUGCUUGUUGACAUUUUGUUUUGUCAUAAGGUUUACUCAGCUUGUUUGAGCAGCUGCAGUGGUAACAAGACUUCAGAAUUUAAAGUCUGCUUCUUGGCUUGACCUGAUUGGAAAGUUAGAGCCUGACACCGUUGCCAAUAUGGAUAAUGCCAUAUAUGUUCUGUUAUUUUACUUUAUGUUUUAACCUGCUUUCCAAAUACAUCAUGACAGUUGACUGAACAUGUUAAAUCAGAGCCCUUCUCUCUUUUCUUUCCCUUUUGAUCACAUUUCAGGGAAAACACUGUUGUUAAUCUGUAACACCAGUUAUCAAACAGACUGUGUUGACAUUCCUUAUUGAAAGUGCCUGCUGGGAAAAUAUGCUUAAAGUCAAAAUAUAUAUAAAAUAUUUGUACCAAUAGAAGACACAGAGGCCAAAUACUAAUAAAGGAAAUACAUUUCCUUAACCUCAUUCUAAGAUCACAAUUCAUCUAUAUCAAUGGUGUCUUUAAAUUUUUGUUCAUAUGAUUUUCAAAGCAGUAUUGUUUAUGUUGUCAUGUUGGAGGACAGCCUUAUGUAAGUCAUGCAUAAAUCUUAUCACCUUAUUGGUAUUUCAGCACACAAAUGGCAGCUUUAAUAUCUAUCAGUCUGACCCACUUUGAUCAUCAAACGUGACCCAGUUUAAACACCAUAUGAAUUUUAUAGACUGUGAGCCAUGUGGAGUGCAAGACCUUUGUUCGAUUUUUAUUUUUUAAUAAGCGUGAGAAAUUGGAAGAUUAUUUUUAAAGUAGCAGGUGUAGCAACAUUGUCUUGACUGCUAGAUUGACAACUCGUGCAUCUCAAUGCUGAGAGCUGAUAUCUGGGGGAAAAAAUACAAAAGGCAUGUUUCAGUGUAUUUUUCUUUGUAGUUUGGUAGAAAGACUAAAACUCAAAAAAUGAAAUGACGUAGGUGGUUCUGUCAACUCAACUCAUAAAAACUCAAACAUAGAAAUUUAGACCAAAUGUUCUCAUUUGCAUUAAAAAUGUAUUUACUACAUUCGGUUAUUUACUUGGAUUAUUUCUCCUUUUUUGUUGUAAGAGAACAGCAUAGUCACCACAGCUUGAUAUCGGGCUCAAAAUUCUUCCAAGAAUAUGUGGCAUCUCCCAGUUAGUUAUUUUAUUUUGUUUACCAGCACUUCCAGUUUCCACAUUAUUUCUGCGCCGAUUCUGCUCUUGGAAUCGCUGAGGAGUUGAAGAUGCAGCUUUAAGUUGAACUGUCUUUAAAGGUUUAUUUUGUUUGUGGAUGAUUGCGUGACGCAAGAUGUAGUCAAAUGAAUGUAUUACAGAAAUCCAAAGUGAAACAAAGAUUCUGUGUUUUAGGAAUGCAAGUCAUUUUCAUAGCCUUUCACUGCAAAUUAUUUGUGCUGUUUGAUAAAGAUAAUUUAUAUUUGA